GGGGCCUGGAGAGCCGCCUGCAGGGGGUGCGUCACCCAGGCUGUGCAGAGCCCCGACACCCAGGGAUUGCCGAGCACGGAGAGGAAGAGAAUCAUCAAGGACCAUCCGCUGCCGUUCUCCGCCUUCCUCACAGACAGCUUUGGGCGUCAGCACAAUUAUCUGCGGAUUUCAUUGACUGAGAAGUGUAACCUCCGAUGUCAGUAUUGUAUGCCGGAAGAAGGAGUACCGCUGACCCCAAAGGGCGACCUUCUCAGCACUCAGGAGAUCCUCACUCUGGCCAGGCUCUUCGUACAGGAAGGAGUGGACAAAAUCCGCCUGACCGGUGGGGAGCCUCUCAUCCGACCCGAUGUGGUGGACAUUAUAGCCCAGCUCCGGAAACUGGAAGGCCUGAAAACCAUCGCGCUUACCACCAACGGGAUUAAUCUGGCCCGACAGCUGCCCAGGCUGAAGGAAGCGGGACUGGACGUGGUCAAUGUCAGUCUGGACACCCUGGUACCGGCCAAGUUUGAGUUUAUUGUGCGGAGGAAAGGGUUCCAUAAAGUCAUGGAGGGGAUCAGCCGUGCGGUGGAGCUGGGGUACAAUCCUGUCAAGCUGAACUGCGUGGUGAUGCGAGGCCUGAACGAGGAUGAGCUGGUGGAUUUUGUAGCACUGACGGAGAAGCAACCGCUGGAGGUGCGCUUCAUAGAAUACAUGCCCUUUGAUGGUAACAAAUGGAACUUUAAGAAGAUGGUGAGCUACCAGGAGAUGUUGGACAGCAUUCGUCAGAGGUGGCCUGAACUGGAAAAACUGCCCACUGAAAUGUCCAGCACUUCUAAGGCCUUCCGGGUGCCCAAUUUCCAGGGGCAGAUCGGCUUCAUCACAUCGAUGUCUGAACACUUCUGUGGCUCUUGUAACCGGCUGCGGAUCACAGCGGACGGAAACCUGAAGGUCUGUCUAUUUGGGAACUCCGAAGUGUCUCUCAGGGACGUGGUGCGGUCAGGGGCGUGCGAGGAGGAGCUUAUACAGAUCAUCGGCGCAGCUGUGGGGAGAAAAAAGAAACAGCACGCAGGUAUGUUCAGCAUAUCACAGAUGAAGAACCGUCCGAUGAUCCUGAUUGGAAACUGGAAGCUUCCACAGAAAACAACGAAGUGGUUUUUUAACGAACAACUUCAAAGACUCGGUUUGAGAACCAAAUCAAACACGCCCACUACACCCGUCCCAAAUAACAGAGGCUUCUACCGAUCACUACGAGAUUUUAGAGCGGCUAGGCCGAAAAUCAUGGUGCUUCCACUGCGGGCUUUCUGCAGCAACCCGAAAAACUUUAAUACUGACCCAAAGUGCCUUAAAACAGAAGAGUCUUCCACUGAACGAACCACUUUAUCUGAUACGCACAAUCCCUCUUCACAGGGAACCUCUGAACACUUGACGCACGUUGACCGAGAUGGGAAGGUUUUCAUGGUGGACGUCGGGGGCAAAUUAGACACGCGGCGCACGGCAGUCGCUACGGCAGUUGUUCGCCUGGGGCCAAAGCUCUUCCACAUGGUCCAGUCCAACCAGCUCAAGAAGGGUGAUGUCCUCACGGUGGCCCACAUUGCCGGAAUCCAGGGUGCCAAACUGACCAGCCAGCUCAUCCCCCUGUGCCACAACAUCCCCUUAAGCCAGGUCAAAGUUUCCCUGAAACUGGACGGCGCCCGGUUUGCCGUGGCGAUCAGGGCCGAGUGUAGCACCCACGGUAAAACGGGUGUGGAGAUGGAAGCGCUGACCGCGGCCAGCGUGGCGGCUUUGACCAUCUACGACAUGUGCAAAGCCGUCACCCAUGACAUCAUUAUCGAAGAAGUGAAACUGGAGAGCAAAACCGGAGGUCAGAGAGGAGACUUCCACCGUGAGCCAAAACCAUCAAAUUAAAGGGCAAGUCCCUUCAGGAGUGAUGUUCAAAAUGGACGUCUGUGGGCUACGGCUUCUUGCAGC